AACCCUAGGAACAUACUGGAGUAGGAAAUCCCCUCUUGAGACCAAAACCAGCCAGUAUGUUCCAUCAGAGAUUAGGAGAUUUUUUUUCAGACUUUUGCUGUAAUCAUCCUUCCAUUUGUCUCUUCCAACACCUGCAAUUCAGCCUGGGAGAAGUUGCUGAUAAGCAACCGUGGCCCAGGAGUUCAGGGAGCAAACCCUCCCACCUUGCUGCUGGGUGGUGGCUUCCAGGCCAGUAAAUGUGUAUCGGCGUGAACCUGAUCCAGAAAGGGCCAGGAAGGGGACAAAGUUUAGUCUGUGAGGGAAUCGGUGGCUGCUGCUAGCUUCGUGCUGUUUGUCCAGGCUUCGGCUCAGUGUUUUCGUGCCCUCUCCUGCACCAGACCGCCGCUCUGCCUAUCCUCUGAGUGUCGUCUCAGCACCUUGGUCACACUCAUGGCACCAUGGCCAGCCCUCAGGAGCACCUGAGCUGCUCCUCCUCUCCACACUUACCCUUGAGUGACAACAAAGCCCUCAACGUCCUGCAAGAUGAGCUCGCAGCUAUGGGGAACCGCCCCUCACUCAGGCUCCCGGAGGACCAGCAGGAAAAGGGCGCUGCGCGAACAGAGGUCAUCGAGAGCGCGGGCAGCCCGGUCGCCACCACGGUGUUGACCAGCGUAAGCGAAGACUCCAGGGACCAGUUUGAGAAUAGUGUUCUUCAGCUUAGGGAACAGGAUGAGUCGGAGACAGCUGUACCUCAGGGGCACAGCAGCACUGUGGAAGGGGAGAACACCAGUGGGGCCGAAGACAUCAAGAUCCAGUUCAGCAGGUCUGGCAGCGGCAGCGGCGGCUUUCUCGAAGGACUGUUCGGAUGCUUGCGGCCCGUGUGGAAUAUCAUUGGGAAGGCAUAUUCCACUGAUUACAAGUUGCAGCAGCAAGAUACGUGGGAAGUGCCAUUUGAGGAGAUCUCUGAGCUCCAGUGGCUCGGUAGCGGAGCCCAGGGAGCUGUCUUCCUGGGCAAAUUCCGAGCGGAAGAGGUGGCCAUCAAGAAAGUGAGAGAACAGAAUGAGACGGAUAUCAAGCAUCUGAGGAAGCUGAAGCACCCGAACAUCAUCGCAUUCAAGGGUGUUUGUACGCAGGCCCCGUGUUACUGUAUUAUCAUGGAAUACUGUGCGCACGGACAGCUUUACGAAGUCUUGCGAGCGGGCAGGAAGAUCACACCUCGGUUGCUAGUAGACUGGUCCACGGGCAUUGCGAGUGGAAUGAAUUAUUUGCAUCUCCAUAAAAUUAUUCACCGUGAUCUCAAAUCACCUAAUGUUUUAGUGACUCACACAGAUGCAGUGAAAAUUUCAGAUUUUGGUACAUCUAAGGAGCUCAGUGACAAGAGCACCAAAAUGUCCUUUGCUGGCACCGUUGCUUGGAUGGCCCCAGAGGUGAUACGGAAUGAGCCCGUCUCAGAGAAGGUCGACAUCUGGUCUUUUGGGGUGGUGCUGUGGGAGCUGCUGACGGGAGAGAUCCCCUAUAAAGAUGUCGAUUCUUCAGCCAUUAUUUGGGGUGUUGGAAGCAAUAGCCUGCACCUUCCAGUUCCUUCCACUUGCCCGGAUGGAUUCAAAAUCCUUAUGAAACAGACAUGGCAGAGUAAACCUCGCAACCGGCCUUCCUUUAGGCAGACUCUCAUGCACCUAGACAUCGCGUCCGCAGACGUGCUGGCCACCCCCCAAGAGACGUACUUCAAGUCCCAGGCUGAAUGGAGAGAAGAAGUAAAGAAACAUUUUGAGAAAAUCAAAAGUGAAGGAACUUGCAUACACCGAUUAGAUGAAGAACUGAUCCGAAGGCGCCGAGAAGAGCUCAGGCACGCUCUGGACAUUCGAGAGCACUAUGAGAGGAAGCUGGAGCGGGCGAACAAUUUGUACAUGGAGCUCAGCGCCGUCAUGCUGCAGCUGGAAAUGCGCGAGAAGGAGCUCAUCAAGCGAGAACAAGCAGUGGAAAAGAAGUAUCCAGGGACCUGCAAACGACACCCUGUCCGUCCAAUAAUCCACCCCAAUACCAUGGAGAAGCUCAUGAAGAGAAAGGGUGUGCCCCACAAACCUGGGGUGCAGACCAAGCGGCCAGAUCUGUUGAGGUCUGAAGGUAUCCCUAGCACAGAGGUGGCUCCCACCGCGUCCCCUUUGUCUGGAAGUCCCAAAAUGUCCAGCUCAAGUAGCAAGAGCAGAUACCGCAGCAAACCACGCCACCGUCGGGGCAACAGUCGGGGCAGCCAUAGUGACUUUGCAGCCAUAUUGAAAAGCCAGCCAGCCCAGGAACACUCACCCCAGCCCCCCUGCCUGCCUCACGCCCACCCCCAGCACCCUAAUGCUCUGCAGCAGCAAUACCAGCACCCCCCUCCGCCCGUGGCUCAGAACCACCAUCCCAGACUCAGUAUGCACGGACAGGAUAUUGCAACCUGUGCCAACAACCUGAGGUAUUUCGGCCCUGCAGCGGCCCUGCGGAGCCCGCUCAGCAACCACGCUCAGAGACAGAUGCCUGGCUCCAGCCCUGACCUCAUCUCCACAGCCAUGGCCGCAGAUUGCUGGAGAAGUCCUGAGCCUGACAAGGGCCAGGCUGGCCCCUGGGGCUGCUGUCAGGCAGACCCAUAUGACCCCUGCCUCCAGUGCAGGCCGGAACAGUGUGGGCCCUUGGACAGCCUGUCUGCUGAGCCAGUGGGGAGGAGCCCCGAGCUUUCCAAGUCACCAGCACACAAUCCUCUCUCAGAAAGCGCUGGAGGUUCUGAGAAAACGGAAGAGGAUGCGUUCAACAGCCCUCACCACGUCGCCCCUCCGCUGCUACCUCGAAAGCCAAGGCCCCUCCAGAAGAGUGGAGACGACUCUUCCGAAGAAGAGGAAGGGGAAGUAGACAGUGAAGUUGAAUUUCCACGAAGACAGAGGACCCACCGCUGCAUCCGCAGCUGCCAGUCAUAUUCAACCUUCAGUUCGGAGAACUUCUCUGUGUCUGAUGGGGAGGAGGGAAACACUAGCGACCACUCAAACAGCCCGGAUGAGCUAGCUGAGAAAAUUGAAGACCGCUUGGCAGAGAAACUGGACGACCUGCUGGCGCAGACGCCGGAGAUCCCCAUUGAUAUCUCCUCCCACUCGGACGGGCUCUCGGACAAGGAGUGCGCCGUGCGCCGCGUGAAGACACAGAUGUCCCUGGGCAAGCUGUGUGUGGAGGAGCGCGGCUACGAGAACCCUAUGCAGUUUGAAGAAUCAGACUGUGACUCUUCCGGGGGGGAGUGCUCGGACGCUACAGUGCGGACCAAUAAGCACUACAGCUCUGCCACCUGGUGAGGAAGGAGCGCCACCUGACCGGCUCAGGACACUCCGGCAUUUCAGACGCCCCAGCUCUUCCUGCUCUCUCCCUUCUUUGUCUGGGAGGAGAGGGAGAGCUGCCCCUCUCUCAACCCCUAGAAAUGAGCUGCAAUAACAGGAACAGGAGACUUCACCAUUCUCUGGGGGAAAAGAUAUCCAAAUGAAAUUAAGUCUCACUGAACAUUUCAAUCAAGAAUGGCAGGGAUCUAUUUUAUUGAAUAUUCUAGCUACUGUAACAUUGAUAUUUAUUUUUCUUGGACAUUUUAACACUUUGUACUGUAAAGAGUGAACUAUAUAUGAUAGAGUCACAAUAAUUUCUUGCAAAAAAAAAAAAAAGGAAAGGAAAAGAAAAAAGUGGACUUUAGGAGCAACAUCUUGGGGAAUUUGUGGGGCCGGGGGAUAUUAUUGCUGCUUGAACUGGGGACCAGGUCCUUUGGCCAUAAAUGACUGAAGAAGCAAGACAUAUAGAACAUCGUAGGAUACAAAGAACAAAGAAAAAACGGCAGUUGCCGGUACCUUGUGCAUAGGCACAGCAAGUGCUCCCAGCUUGUCCAGGGGGUGAUGGACAGGACCUAGAAAAGCCUGGUGACCAGACCCUUUUGCACUUGCGGUCUUUAAGGGCUCGGGCUUCCACUAAGAGGAAAACCCCAGCAAACCAUACGUGAGGCUGCUUCCAUGUUUUAACUUUCAGCAGCGUUUGACAGUGAGGUGUACAGAUCAGGUCAUGCCUUGUCCCUAGCAAAUCCGUCCCUUUUUAAUGCUGUCAUCGUCUAUCCCUUAACCAGUGUGGUACCUUGACCAAUGUGUUGAUCUUUCAGGUUCAAGUGCCAUUUUCCCGUAGUUCUUUUUUAUUUUUACAUUCCAGCUGCUGACCACUUCCCUUAGUGCAGGACUGGAGCGGGAGGGAUUGCCGAGGAAGAGCAAAGGACAAGAGAAAAAGAGCCGGUGCAAUAGCAGGAGGAAAACACAGGGGGAGUUGCAGAAGGGCGUGCUCCGACGCACAGUUCAGCCGAGGGGUGAGAUGGAGCUGGCCCUCUACAAACGGGUUCAAUUCCAACAGAACAGAAUGUGAAGGCGGCCAGGACCCGUGUGUGAGUGCAUGUGCAGUAUCCAGUCCCAAACCUUCCCGUGUUUCUAUCCGACAGCUCAUCCUAUCCCAGAAGCUUUAGUGACAGGCUGUCCCCUUGGGAAAAAAGGUACAGUAGGCAACUUGCAAAAGGCAGCCCUUCUCACACCAUGAUGGCGUUUUUGUUCAUUGCUACUUGUAAAAUAUAUCUUACUUCACUCUGAAUUAGUGCAGUUUUUGUUAAUUGGACUUGGAAAUUGGUGAAGAGAGCCACUAACACUAAGCAAGGAAUUGGUAAGAUUUUACACAGUCAAAGCCAUGAGCUCUUCCUGUCUCAGAGGUCAUGAGCUCCAAAACGCAUCCCACAGGAAUUCCUGGCAGCUUGGCUUGAAGAAACAUUUUACCUAGAAUUUUACAGACAGAUGAAGGUUGCCCUCCUUCCUAUCUCUGUCUCCAGCAUAGGCUAUGGUCCAGCAACCUCUCCCUGCUUGCUGGGACUCCGGACCUUGCAUCCUGGGGUGGCAGGCAAGCUUGCACAUACAGGUAUUAAAUCAUUUCCAGUGCAGAUGAAAACAGUGUCCCUCCUAUGGGCUGCGCUCACUGCACCAGCCAAAAAGGAAAGGCAGGAGGGAGUUUAGAGCAGUCCCUUUUGUUUGUUUGAUCCCUCCACUUGUUUACACUUUUAUGUCAAGACAUGGAUUUAAAAUGUAGUGUCUAUAAUUUGUAGCUCAUAGCUAGGAUGAAGGAAAAUGUUUAACUUAUACAGAGAACAGUAUUGUUUGCAUUAAAUUAUUCCGUUUUGUAUGACUUCUGUAGCUGGACUACAUGAAAGAUCUUAAGUUGUGGCAUUAUUACCAUUGUUAUUUUAUUUUAUAUUAUCAUUCUCAUUUUCUGUCGAUCAGAAGGUGUGGUUUACGGUGUAGGACAGUGACUGUGUUUAUCACUGACUGUGGAUUAUUAUGGAUUUUAUGACUGGAAUGAAGGCGUGAAAAUGCAACUGCCAACUGGGAGCUCCCUGGUGCCCCCCUUAACUGUAUUCCCUGGUUUUCUGUGUACAACAACAAUCACCUGAGCAUGCAUGUCUGCCCUGAACCCAAACGUUACAUUGGGAUUUUGACUUGACCGUGAAAGUGCCUGGGUGGGUAGAUGCCUAAGCAGAUGGAUAAAUAAUUUAGAAGCUGUAAACUUUCCCAAAUUUCAUGAGAAAUAAAAUCACGGGACUACAUUAGAAACAAAAAGGGAAUUAUUUAGUACCCUAGGAGGAACAGGCCUCCAUUUUCUACAAGGGGCUUGUGGAUCAAUUUAAAAAAUUGUCUGCAUAGUUUAUAAUCUCCUUCCUGCCAGAUACCACAAAACCAACCUUUUCCCCUCAGUGGGAGUGGCAGGAAGACAAAAGAAAGAAGAGAGAUACAGAGAGAUGGCAGGACAUAAAACGCCUAGCUAUGAUGCCACCCUGGAACUAAUUUAAGGUAGGACGCUGAAACACCUGAAGUCACUUCGAGGGUCACAGGGCCAGGAGAGCCCUGAAAUGCUGGCAUCAGAUGCCACUCAAACCGUGACUCUGCCUCACUGCUCCUUAGACAGGGAGGCGACAACGCUGAGUCCUGUUUGUAGUCAGCACACAACAUUGAUGAUUUUACUCAUUUUUUUUGCCCACAUUCAGUGGCAGCAGAAAAUCAUGGGGGCCAACUUCUGUCUCAUACAUUUCAUGGUGGUCUUCCUCAAAAACCCACCCCACACCCCCUCAUUUGAUCUGUUUUUCUAAUGCCCGUCUUGGCUGGUUAAUGCCCCUCAUCCUGACUCACUCUCAAGAGCCUGUCAGGGAAGCAGACAGUGUUGAGCCCUAAGUCAUUCACUGUAUUGUCAAGAUUUGAAUAAAGUCCACCUUGAACAAUCCCCCCCACCCCCAGUAGAAUUGACUAAAGGUUUCUAAGACCUGGCAUCCUGGUGUCUGGUGUCCUUUGUCCAGGCUGAAAGGGCAAUAUUUUCUGCAUCCCCACCUUGUCCUUCAUUACUUGCCUUCUGAAAAUCAGGGAAAUCCUGACUUGUGCUUCUUGGCCAACGGCUCCACCGCCAUUGGAAGGAUGUUGAGUCAAGAGCUCAGGGAGUGGCAGAGCUAAUUGUUUAGGCCUGCCAGCCUCAGCAGUGCUUCGAGGAACCCCACGGGGCUGUGAUUUCCAGUCCCUGACUGCGCGUGGGACUCCCCGGGGGAUGAGUGUGCACAUCCACCACACGCCUAUUUCUGACUGCAAGAUGCGUUUCCAGGUGUAUUGUACACAAGCGCCUUGUUUGGGGAGGAGGAGGGUUCAUUUUGGUUUUUCUCUUUUCCUACAUCGUGACCUCAAAUAAGAGUUCCUCUUGAAAUUGCUCAGCAGGAGGGUGGUGAAGGCUGCAUCCCCUUUGAAAUGGACCCCACAGCUCUGAAGGUUCAAUCUGUUUGCAGGAUUGGGGGUGCUCUCCCCAGAGAGCUACUGUAGGAUGAUGUGGAGUGGCCGACUAUUUUAAGACUUUAGUAGCAACAAAUUUAUUGCCAGAUGUGGUAGCACAUGCUGUAAUCCUAG